AUGAGUGGUGGUAUAUUUCAGUCACCGAAUUAUCCGAUCAUAUUUUCUGAUGAAAAAUGUUUUAUAUAUCAGUUUAUUGCACCUACUAAUUACAUUGUCCAAACAAUUUUCAGUUUCUUCAAUUUAUCACCUCGUCGUAAUGAUAGGAUUUAUGAUCAAACAAUGGAAGGCAGAAUUGAUGAAGCGACACCGUAUAGUCAUGAACUUUGUGGUGUGGAAAUUGCAGCAGGCACAGCAUUUUAUUCCUUAACGAGUUAUCUUGUCUUUCAUUUACGAUUAUCGCAUGGAAUUAAAGGAUUUCAUGGAACAUACAAAUUUGUCGCCAAAGGAAAAUUUCGAAUGAAUGCUACAGAAGUACAGCCGUGUCGCUAUAGUAUGGAUUUUCUCGAAGGGAGCAUAUUUUCUCCGCAAUAUCCCUACAGCUAUCCAUCAUUAGUUAAUUGCUCCUAUUAUUUUCCAAAUCGGAAUUCAAUGAAACUAGUGCUUUCUUUAGAUUAUCUUGAUUUGAAUACAGAUUCGUGUAGAGCGGAUUUCAUCGAUAUUUAUCAAAUGCAGCCUAAGGUAUCCAAGAAAAUACCUUUUCAGAUUCAUUUGGAUAGACUUUGUUACGAUUCUAUUCCUCCCUAUUCAAUUUCGUCGAGAAAUGGGUUGAUUUUACAGUUCCACUCGGGAAUAAACGACAAAAAACAAGUAUGUUGA